UUCAUCCCUCGGUUGUCCUCCGCUUCACCGCGCCAGGAGAAGCCAGUUCAGGCGGAUCUGGGCUUUCCUGCCAGAGGAGGCUGUGGAGGACUCGUUUGCGGGGCGAGGCGGCUGCUCUCCGCUCGAGAAAAGGGGAGGGGGUGUCUGGAUCGAGGCUGGCUGCUUGCGAUAUCCUCGGGGGAUUUUGUCAGCAAGUGUUAAUUUCUUCCAGCUGGAGCUCCAUGGAGAAAACAAAACAGCUACUGGCUUGGUUUCUGUGAGAAAAAAAACAAAAAAAACGACCCAGCAGCUGUUUUGUUUUUUUCGGUAUUCCUAAUUGCAACUGUUCAGCUCCCUAGGGUUUUUUUUUUUUUUUUUUAAAUCUAUGGAGCACUGUCUCAUCAGCUUUGGGGAGUGGAAGUGGGGGAGGCAUCAGGGUUAUUAGAAUCCGGACAAAAGAACCGGCCUGUUAGAAGAAUUCCGCAGAUAGCAAUGAAGAUUCCUCUCUCCCACCCCCCUCGUUUCCUUAUCGGGGGCUCUCUCCUGUCCCCUCACUCCACAGAUGGUGGGGAAGACGCUAUGUCGAGCUGAAGAAAACUCAAUCGCUGUAGGAAGUUUGCUGCUAAACAGCUGCUUCUUUCAAGACGAUCAAAAAGGCAGGAGUUCCGUGCUGCUACAAUUGCUGCUUUUUGUUUAUUUGUAUUCUGCCUUUAUUACUUUUACAAAUAACUUGAGGCAGCAAACCUAUCCAACACAGCUUCCUCUUCCUAUAUUCUUCACAACAACCCUGUGGGGUGGGCUGGACUGAGGAAGAGUGACUGGCUCAAAGUCACCCAGCUGGCUUUCAUGGCUAAGGCUGCACUUGAACUCACAAAUCUCCUGCUUUCUAGCCUGGUGACUAGACCAAAGUAUUAUUCUGGUUGGGAAGUAGUAAGCUUGAUUGGAGGGGGGGGGUCAGUGGGGAGAAAAAAUGGAUUUAAGAUUUUGUCAUUUGCCUUCUGGAUGUUUCAAUUAACUCGGAAGCCCCAAUCCAUAAUCCGGAAUGUAAGCCAUAAUAGAGAACCAGGGGCUCUGGGUAGAAGUUCAAAAACUCCUGGUUCCAUCGGAUUUAUCCCCCAGUUUGAAAAUUUGGUCUUGCACAAAAACGGGGGCUCCAAAUGUGCAUUUUAUGGCAGGUGCAUUCAGUGGGUUAAGCUCACACUUUAGAACUGAGUGCAGCCCGAUUUCUUUGUUGUUAGAAGAGGAGUGAGCUGCGGCAAAGUUGUAUAACUGCCUUCCUGGAAUGUUUUCAAGAAAGGCUGGCUUGAUCCCUGAUUAUUUGAGAUCAGCUGACAUGACUGAGGUGAUGAGUGCUCCAACUAUGGAUGAGAUUGGUUUAAGCCCCCGCAAGGAUGGACUAUCCUAUCAGAUUUUUCCUGACCCUUCAGAUUUUGAUCGUUAUUGUAAGCUGAAGGACCGUCUUCCUUCCAUUGUGGUGGAGCCAACAGAAGGAGAUGUAGAGAGUGGAGAAUUAAGAUGGCCACCUGAAGAGUUCCUGGUUCAGGAAGAAGAGGAACAGAACUGUGAUGAAGCAAAGAAAGAGAGCAAGGAGCAGUAAAAGCACCGAAGAUCUUCUGUUCUACUCAAGAUGUUAGGUCAUCUUGAGGAGGAGAGAACAGCUUUCUGAAGGGUCUUUUCUACAAAAGACAUUCAAUUUUGCACCUGCAAGAUCUUAGUUUUUUUCAUAUUCUCUAUUGAGAACUGAAGCGCUUGAUAUGACAAUCUCCAGCUAAAACUAAGAAAGUUUGGGCAGGCAAAGCAAGCCAAAAAUGAUUGCCCUUCUCAAGAUCAUUGUUGAAUUCUGUGGUGGUUGCCUGGGGCAGCCAGGAAAUUAGAGGGCGCUUUGGUGGAGAAAUAGGCCAGCAGGAAGCAUGCUUCUUCUGAAGUGUGUGGUAUUAGAAGAAAUAACUGCAAAUAUAAAUGCAGCUAAGUUCUGUAAGGGACUGGCUACAAAUGCAUGAGAAUAGUGUUCAUCUCUCAAAAUCUUGCCUUCUCAUAGUGUUUUUUCUGGUUUUAUGUGCGCAUGUGUUUGGAGGCUGGAAGACAAGCCACUGAAAUGCUCCUAUGACAUUACCAAGUUAGGCAGUUUUCCUGCGAAACACCAUAGAGGAGCAAUGGGUCAAUAACUAGGUUGGCCUUGUACAGCCUAGCAUCUUAAAAAUCACACCAUCUUUAUCAGGCUGCAGGGUCUGGCACUGGCUUGCUCACCUGUUGCACAUAAACUAUAUUUUUAUGUCUUUUUUUUUUCUUGGCACCUCUUUAAGCAUGCAUUUUAACAUCGCAGUGAAUAGCUUUGUAUGGCCAUUGAGCUGUUGACUAUAGAAAUGGCCUUUACUACUUGUUCUGCAGUUAUUUUGUUUAGGCUGUAAAAGAUCACAUUUUAUUUUGUUUGGGAGGUGGGAUUGGAAGAAAUGCUUCUUCAGAAAAACUUCAGGAGAUUUUGAUAUGGAAAAUAAGUAAUAUUUUCUUUCUUGCUACUGAAGCUACUGUUUAACUCUCUCUGUUAUAAUGCAUCUGGUUGCUGUGAAAUGCAGCUUUUUCAUAAGUACUGGUUUAUAAUUUAGUCAUGUGUUUAAUGCUGGAUCAAGGGCUCAUGAUUAUAGUACAGGGCCAACAAGGCUGUUAAAUAGGAAGACUUUAAGAGAAUCAGUAUCCCCUUUAAAAGCAGGAUGGUGAAAGCAGGACUUAUGUUAAAAAAACAAAACAAAAGGUAUUACAGCAUCUCAGUAUUGUUGAGAAAAUAACACUUUUUUUGAACCAAGGAUUUUUGAUUGACUUACCUUGUUCACAGAUUCUCGUUUGCCCAUUAUCAUCUCAUUCCUCAUGUCCCAUAUAAUCUCUCUUCUGAGAAGGCAAACAAAUAGUUGGAUAAGCUAUAUUGGCAGCCACAUUAAAAAAAAAAAAAAACAGUAUCUGACUUCUUGGCAGGAAGUUCCACAAAGUUGAAAUGUCAAGUACCAGUAUGGCUUUCAGAUAUUAAAAGCCAAUGAUUCCAUAUUAACUGUGGAGAAACUAAAACUUCAUAAUGUAUAAACAUUAUAGCCUUAACAAGAUAGUCAAAAUAAUCCUUAGUUUUCCAUGAUCUUUUCCAUUCCUUUCCUAAUUUGUUGGAACUCUGUAUAUGUGCUAUAUAUAAAAGACACACGCUUACACACAUGUACACUUAUUUUUGAUACCUCAUGAGUAGUGAAAUUGCUGGUAAUGGGUUAGAGUUGCUUGUUGAAAUCAGCAGGGUUACUUUUUUCAGUCUCGUCUCGCAUGUGUUUUCCACAUAAUGGCAAUAACUUAACAGCUGUGAAUCAUUGUUACAUGUGGAUGUGAGAUUGUAGGGAUGUAGUUGAGUGUUCUUGUGUGUGUGUUUUUCAGCCAAGAACCUGUAACACAUAUACUACCUGUCUUGGUGGAUGUUUGGGCAUCACUGAAAUUCGUCUUGCACCCUUGCACUUGUCAAGGUUGCUUUAAAAUAGAUGGAUCCAAAUGUUUUUGUAUCCUUGAAUCUAUUCUUGUCUUGCUGUUCAGUACAAUGAGCUUUCACACUUGCACCCAACCCGAAAUGCCCUAUUUUUUUUCCUUCAAAAGUCACUUUUUGUUUCUCCAUUUUUUUUGUCCCAGUUUGUAGUUGUCAAAUGUUAACCACUCAGACCUGGAAAAACAAAAAUCCUUAAUGCUUAAGGACAGAGUGGGAUUGUUGUUUGUCUUUGAAUAUUUGCGUAUCAUUUUUCUGCUUUUUUAAAAGAUACAGUUGUUGCUUGUAUUUCUGUCACUUUUGAAUGUCUGAGGAACAAAACACUCCAGUGGAACUUUUCCUGUUAUAUAUAUUACAUUCUAUAUUUCUGUAAAAUUCUUUUUUGAGCCUCAGGGAAAAAGCUAGCAUUUUUUUCAAACUACUUUUGUCACUGUGACAGUUGUAAAUAAAGUUUGAAAAUGCUUUCCAAAUUCUUAA